AACGCCCUACGUUUCGAACGAAAACCCCGAAAAGUACGGUCAUGCGCGCAACAGUCGUGUUUUUGUUUUGAUCGUCGAUCGCGGCGGUGCGUCGCUCCUCCGUUUCCCGUGUUCCGUGUGGUCCGUCGGUUUCUCGUUGCCCUCGUUGUUUUCGGUGCUCGGUGCUCGGUCCGCUCUGUUUUCGCUUUUUUUUCUGUGCCGCGGGUUGCACGCGCAGCAACAAAUUACAAUUACAAGCCCAGGUGCAGUGCAGCGCUGCGACGGAGACGGGGCAGCGCAGGCGCAACAGCGGAGCAACGAAUCAAAUGGAACUGGAUCCCGCCCCAGCGCGCAGUUGACUGGAAUCGCACUCCUCUGGAAGUGAGUUGACCUGAAAGUUGGAAGGAAAAAAUCGUUUUACAUUUCAUUGGCUACGCAAACUGGUGGAAAAGUGUGUCAAACUUGUGUGAGUCUCGUCCGUCGUCCACCCAACUGUCAUUGUCUUUUGGCAUUGGGCAACAGCUUAAUUGAAAAAGUUUUGCCAACGCGCACGCAGGCGGAGCAGGGAGAGAUGACUGUGAAAUUGGCCAAGCUGUUUGGUGGUGGUGGAGGCCCCGAGGUCCUGGACGCCCACCAGGAGCAGCAUCAGGAGCAGCAGCUACAGCAACAGCAACCUCUGGCUGCCACACUGCAGCCACAACACUUGCAACAAGCACCACCCCUGCCGCCCCCAAAUGCGAACAUGAAGAGCCUCAAGUAUUACGAGCACCUGCAGGCCACCUAUCUGAUGGACCAGGAUCAGGACCACGAUCAGGAUCAGGAUGACUACGAGGACACCUGCAUGCAGCGCAAUCACCCGUACAACAACUCCCAGAGGCCGCUUCUGGGCGAUCGCCGUCCCCAGCUGACGGUGAUGAGUGUUGGCAAAAAGGCCAGCAAGUCGGGGGCAAUCCCCCAGCAGCAAAGCCUCCCCUUGCCGCCACCACUGCCACCCCUAAGGACCUACAUCUCGCCCUAUGUGCAGCAGCAGAAGCGGGACAGUGCCAAGGGACUGCACGGCUUCAACGACUUCGAUGCGCUGUCCCAGCAGUACAACCAGCACCUGCAGAGCCCGCACAUCGGCUACCCCUAUGGCAGUCCUCCCUCGCCGACGGCCCAGUCGAGCGACUUCUGCUUCGACCGCCAGACGGGACUGGUGAUGAUGCCGGGGAGCACCAGCACCACCGCCGCCGGAGGGGGUCAGCAUCACCACCAGGUCAUCUCGAGCAGUUCGAGCAACUGCAGCAGCUCGCACACCACAUCCACCUCCUCGCCCACCCGAUAUUAUCCGGAUAGCUCGGGCCACACCAGCUUAUAUCCCUCGCGCUUCGAGGAUGACUUCUGCAUGCGUCGUCCGGCCGCGGAGAGCACUGCGUCACCCAUCGCCGGCAGUGGACCCUUCAUCUUUGGCAUCGCCCCGGAGGACCAGGUCACGGACUACGGCAGCAAUCCCCUGCCCCCCACGCCCCCGCAGCUGAAGCAUCAACAAUCUGUGAUCAACAGGAGUCCCUUGCAACAAUCGCUGAGCGACACGAGUGCCGCCAGCAGUGGCAAGGGCUCCAGAUUCUUACUGCGUAAGCGUAAAUCAAAGAAGACAACCGCCGCAGCCGCAGCAACAGCAGCUGACACCGAAACAACGGGAAAAAAGGGUGGCAAGAAGGCUGUCAGCGCCCCCGCGCAGCCCUCGAUCAAGUGCGUCCUGGUGGGCGACGGAGCCGUGGGCAAGACGAACCUGAUCCUGUCGUAUCUGGAGAACCGCUUCAACCCGGAGCACAUUCCCACGGCCUCGGACAUCUAUAAUGCCGACGUGAACGUGAACGAGAGUCCGGUGCACCUGACCAUUUGUGAUACCGCCGGGCAGGACACCCUGGACCCGCUGAGGGAGCUCUGCUACCCGGACAGCGACGUCUUCCUGCUCUGCUUCUCGGUGGUGAAGCCGGAAACGUUCCGGGCCAUCAAGGCCAAGUGGGCGCCCAAGUUCGCCAAGACCAAGGCCGCCCUGAUUCUGGUGGGCACCCAGGCCGACCUCCGCACCAGCCCGAGUGUCCUCAACAAGCUGCAGACAAAUGGCGAGAAGGCAAUUUCAUAUGCAGACGCCUGGGACUUGGCAACGACAAUUGGCGCAAAAUACAUUGAGACUUCGUCAGCCACACAGGACAAAGUCAAGGAUGUGUUCGACGCAGCCAUCUGGGAGGGCCUCGUGCCCACCACCCUGCCGCCCACGCCCUCCUUCUGGAGGAAGCUCUUCUGCCUGGCCUGAGAGCGAACUCGAACCCCCACUCAACCAGACAGACGACGUCAUACUUUAUUUUUUUGGAUACCUACACAUACCCAUUAUUUAUAUGAACAAUUUUUUUUAGAGAUUCUCGUUUAGCAGUGCUUGCACACAGACUGAUCUACACAUAACUAAAGUAGUAUAUACGUUUAAUAUAUAACGCCUGAUGCCUACGUUUUCUUGAUAGAUUUUAUCCCCUCACUCGUGGUUUUCCCUCACUGCUUCUGCUUUUUGUUUAAUUAUAUAGUCCUAAACUACUCUAGACCCUAUUAUCGCCCAGAUCCACAACUAUGUUACAUCAUUCCAUCCAUUUUAAGCACUACGUUUUAAGCAAAUAUUUCAAAUAUUGUAUAUCGAUGGCAGCAUUAAAUAUGGUAGCGAAACAAAUCCAA